AUGGACAACAGACUGCACAAACUACCAAGUUUCUCUACAUCCAUAGAUGUGAGAUUUGUUGCCCAGGAAGUUUUGCGCAGUUUGUUGUUUGGGAUUCUGGAAUAUGGCAUUUUAAACCCACAUCGUAGCUCUCCAUCAUCUCUGCGACAUCGGUACGAAGGCACUCCACUUCAGCCUGGAGGUGUGCAUCGGCCGAAGAUCAGUGAUGCGAUGGUUAAAAGAACUUGCAAAAUUUGA